UGACUGAAAAGCAUGACACACAAAUAAGGAAGCAGAGUGCAGGCGGGGCAGACUGUCAAGACAGAACUAAGUCUUAGGGAGACUGCCAAUGCGUCAACCAUGGCCUACCAGUACGGAAAAGUGCAGGACCCAAAUGUGCUUACUCAGACGAUAAUCUCCAACAUCCAGAAGAUAACACAACAAACAUCUGAAAUACAGAAAAUUGUGAAUCAGUUGGGAACACCACAAGACACAACUGAGCUCAGACAGCAACUGCAGCAGAAACAGCAAAAUGUCAACCACCUUGCCAAAGAAACAGACCGAUGUAUGAAGGAAUUUGGCGCAUUGCCUGUCACAACUGAACAGCGCCAGAGAAAGAUCCAGAAAGAUCGUCUUAUCAACGACUUCUCCAAUGCACUGGCCAAUUUCCAAAAGACACAGAGACAGGCUGCUCAGAAAGAGAAGGAGUUUGUUGCUAGAGUCCGUGCCGAGUCCAGAGUGUCGGGUGGCUUUCCUGACGACAGCUUUGGAGGAAAUGGAAACCCCUUUGAAAGUGGGGGGCAGGUCCAGUCACAGUCCCAGGAGGUGGCCAUCACCGAGGAGGACCUGCAGCUCAUCCAGGAGAGAGAGACUUCCAUCAGACAGCUAGAGUCUGAUAUUACAGAUAUAAAUGAAAUAUUUAAGGACUUGGGAAUGAUGGUCCAUGAGCAGGGUGAUAUGAUCGACAGUAUAGAGGCCAAUGUCGAAACUGCCGACCUUCAUGUUCAGAAUGCCACCCAGCAGUUAACACAGGCUGCAGACUAUCAGCGCAAAUCUAGAAAGAAGAUCUGCAUUCUCAUUGUUGUUCUGGUUGUACUUGCUUUUGUCAUUGGUUUAAUCAUCUGGGCAUCAGUCAAAGGAUGAUGAUGCUUUUCACACACUCUUUGGUCCUGGCAUUUUAAUGAUUCGUUAGGACUAAGUUUGAGUAAGUCUAAGUCUCAAGGCCAUUGCUUGUAAAAUGAAGACAAAGACGACAGAUGUUUCGUACAUACUGUCACUUUACUAUACUGAACAAAAAUAUAAACGCAAAAUGUAAAGUGUCGGUCCCACUUUACAGAAAUAAAAUAUCCCCGAAUUUUUCAUUAGGCACAAAAAGCUUAUUUCUCUCAAAUUGUGUACACAAAUUUGUUUACAUCCCUGUUAGUGAAAAUGUUUCCUUUGC